UCUGAUCCAUGUAAGGGCUCCCCCCCCUCCUCCCUCCUACUCCUCCGGUCGGACGGCCACAUUCCCCGCUACCUCUCACCCCAGAGAAACCCCGAUCUGACGGCCAAGCAGCGCGGACAACAUGGCGUCGGGCGUGACAGUGAACGAUGAGGUCAUCAGGGUGUUCAACGACAUGAAGGUGAGGAAGUCUUCGUCUCUGGACGAGGUGAAGAAGAGGAAGAAGGCCGUGCUGUUCUGUCUCAGUGAGGACAAGAAGAAGAUCAUCGUGGAGGAAGGUAAACAGAUCCUGGUGGGAGACAUCGGGGAGACCGUGGAGGACCCCUACGCCUGCUUCGUUAAGCUCCUCCCACCCAACGACUGUAGAUACGGGCUGUACGACGCCACCUACGAGACCAAGGAGUCCAAGAAGGAGGACCUGGUCUUCAUCUUCUGGGCUCCAGAGAACGCUCCUCUGAAGAGCAAGAUGAUCUAUGCCAGCUCUAAAGACGCCAUCAAGAAGAAGUUUACAGGUAUCAAACACGAGUGGCAGGUGAACGGGCUGGACGACAUCCAGGACCGCGCCACGCUGGCAGAGAAGCUUGGUGGUAACGUGGUGGUGUCUCUGGAGGGUAAACCCCUGUGAUGUCACGGCGGCAAGCGGAGCGGAGCCAAAACAACCGCCAUGCCAUAGGACCGAAGCACCUAAACACCGCCGCUCUGUAUCUGGUCCUCAAGGACUUAGCGUCUUUAGGCCUCUUUCUUUUCUUUUUGUUCCUUUUGCUUUUUUCCAACAUGAAGGAGAUCUCAUUAACAUAAUGAUAUGCAAACCCCUCCCACUUUGUUGCCACAUGACUUCUGUUCACCUGGCAGAUAAAAACCCAGAAAUGACCCCCAACCAAACCAGGACGGUUGUCUCUCUUGCUCAGAGUUUUGCCAAAAAGUCGAUGUGAAGGAAGCAGCCACACGUGUCGGGGGGGCGAAGCUCCGCCUCCUGCAGCACACAGGUCAUGAGGCUUUUUACAUAUGACUUUAUUUAUUAUUGUAAAGUGUUUGUUUCUUCUCCAGUAUGUUGACACCACAUCGUUGUUACUAUGAGAAGAGGAAGAGCACUUUGUGUCGACACCGUGGUAACGCCCGUUUACCUCCGCUCAUCACCGUUUGGUCGUCACCUUACUUUCACUUUGAAUGUAAACGCCAGUUAGUUAGAGUGCAUUUUUAUUUUGUAAAGAAACACUACAGGAAGCAGAUUUGACCCCAGCAGUGAGAGACAACAACAACAACACAACGACAUCUGGAGCCUUAAAGUGGAACACGUUGUUUCUGAGAUCACAUGAAGCCACUUUGCAAUAAAAUCCUGUGGCAGAUCUGA